AUGCAUGUGGCACCUCUGGCCGUGUCUGAUGCAGCUAUGCUAGCUCCUGAAGAAGUAUUUUCUGGUAAUGGUGACAUCAAAGAAGAAACUGAGCUAACAAAGGCAGAUAGAAAGAGGAGAAGGGCAAAGAAAAAAAGACAGUUUAAAGCUGAGUCUGUCGAACGGAUGUCAGUAAAGACACAGCUAAGCACAUUGAAGAAACCCGAAGAUGGGCAGCUAAGCACAAAAUGGAUUGGACUGUUUGAAGUACAAACCCAAUUCCCGAAUGGAACUGUUGAAAUCAAGAACGCAAAAUCAGGGAAGGCAUUCAAGGUAAAUGGACAGAGGUUGAAGGCCUAUUAUGGGCAUGAACCAAGGAUUCGGGAGGAAUUGGAUCCAUCCCCAGACACAAAUCACCCUUGA